ACACGCAAAACGUAAACAAAAACAUUCAAGUUAUGUCGUGUUUCGCGUAUUAGAUCCGAUUUUCGUCGUAAAAGUGCCGAUAACAUCCCAUGGCCUUGGCCAACCUUGCAAGCAAUGCUUACGCCAUGUCCUCCGAGAAGAAAUCCCGCCGGAGCAACACCCGAAACCGCGCCACUCCGACGCCGGCAGCCGCAACAGGUAAAGACAGCAGCUGCGACGAGCUGAUCAUCGACGAUUCGAUGACGGCACCGGAACAAGAACCGGCCGUAACCCGGGCGGCCAGUUCAACACCGAAGGCAAGUCCGGAAAAGCGGCCGACACCUUCGACUCGCAAGAAACGCCGCCGGCCACGGUCCUGCAGUUCCAGCAGCACCACCGAAGACCUGGAGGACCAGACGUUCGAGGAAACGAUCGAGCGGUGCGCCACCAAGAACAACCUGACGCCCGACUGCGUCAAGAAGCUGCUGAAGAAGCUGGUCAUGAACGAGCACGUGCUGGCCAUCGUGAAGCUUAAGGAAGAGGAGGAGCAAAAGACUGACCCGAAGGAGGGAACGUCCAAAGACGGCACCGAAGGUGACGACGAGGACGACGAGUUCAAAUCGCUCCAGCCGAAACUUACCCGACUCAAAGCUAAGCAGCUCAACAAGCAACCGCUCCCAAUCGUCCCGCUCAAAACGACGCUUCCGGACGAGGAGGUCGCCGCCCUAAUCCGCGAGGAACUCGGCUCCGACGAUGACGACGAAGAGUACAAACCCACCGAGGAAGACAUCCCCUCGGACGACGAUCCCAACACGACCAUUUCGGACAUUGAUUCCCAACCCCGAACGCCGGCCGCUCCGACAACGCCCGGCCGGAUCGAGCAGGACGCCGGCCAGGAUGCGUUGCUGUACAGCAAGGAUGGUCUGUUCAAGAUUCCGCGCCUUCGCAACGAUUCGCACUGUUCGCAGCAGUCCGAGCAGGAGCAGGAGAACAUUGCGCGGCGGACGCGAUCGAAGCUGUGCCUCCAAACGACCGCGAUCGAGACGAUCGAGUCGACGUUCAUUCCGCCCGAUAUUACGACCGACAUGUACGACUUUGACUGCGACAUGGAUCUGGUGUGGAAGGAGUUUCUGAACGAGUUUACCAAGCCGUUGCAAAAUCACGCCGAGGAUGACGACGAUACGGAUCCGGAAUACGUAGCUGCGGACAAGAUUCCAAUCGACCGCGAGGAACUCCGCGAGGUGAAGGUCUCCAAAAAGGAGCUCAACGAGCUGGUUUCCGAGCUGAUCGAGAUGAGCGGCAUCAUCGACGAGUCCUUCCUGGACACGAGUCUCAACACGCUGACCGCGCCGAGCAGCGAAGAGGUGCAUCAAAAGAACGACGUUCCGCAGCAGAAUUCGAGGUCGGGGUUGAACACUCCGGGCCCGAAGGAGCAACAGAGCUCGAGUGCCGUGUCUUCGGUUGAGCAUGUCUCGUUUCAACCGACCAAUUCUUCUACGCCAACGGCAGCAGUUCAGUCGGUGAGCCGGGUUCCGGUUAUGGCUGCCCAAGCGAUACAGUUUCCGAAUUCUUUUGGAGCUGCAGACAAUACCCCGAUAGUUUCGGCGAUUCAGCCGUUGGCGGUGGUUCCUCCAGUGCAAAGCGUUUAUCCUUCAAACUACCAGCGCGUAAUGACCAACGGGCAGUUUUACAUCCAGGUUUCGACGCCGGACAAGUCCAGCUACCAUCCGUACAUUCUGCCUUCGGACAAGGUUCCCGUCGCUCCGAUCGAUGCAACCUCCCACCUGAUCCACAGCGAGCGUCGCUAUCGCUACCUGCACAACCUUCACCCAGUGCAGGACCAGUUUCCCGAGGGUCAAACCGGAUACACUAGCUUUCAGCUGCAGAUUCUGCAACAACAGCUGCGAAUGCACACCCAGCUUGCGGCGCAGAACUUCAUGCAAUGUCACGCUCAUCCCAAGUUCUGGAAGCUGGCCAGCACGUUCAAGAAAAUGCUGACCGAUUUGAAAGAGAUCAACGCGUCCGUUAAGCCUUGGAACCUGGACCCAGCUCUAGAGUGUUGCCUCAGCUGGGAAGCAGAACUGGACAAACCCUCGGCGGAGAAUAAACAGCUCAUUAAAUUUCUCAUAAAAGAUGCAGAAAAAUCAGCGAAAGCAGACCGCAACUACCAAGAACGGCGCAUGUUUCAUCCGAGACUGAUGGAAAAGGUGGUCAACUGCAAGGCGUUCAUGUACCCAAAGCUACUACCCUGCGCACCGUUCCAUGCCAAACCCACGACCAAGAAGCGAAUCACGCAAAGCGAAGAGCGCCUCAUCGCGUUCGGUCUUGAGCUGUUCUUCGAUAUUCUCAAAGCCGAACAAAACAGGUGGGUCAAGCACGUCCAGGAAAAGGUCCCGUCCCUCAAGCAGGUUUGCUUCUACAUCAGCAAGUAUCUCUGCGUAAACUACACCGAGGAUCACAUUUACGACUAUUGUACGCGACACAAGCGGUACUCGUACCUGAACCCCAUCAAGUACUACUUUCUGCACUCGAAGGCACCGCCGUAUCAGCACGUGCUGGAAGCGCUCGAUCUGCGAAAUGUGAUUCCGCCGGCAUCCUACCAAAAGGACCAGCUGCCCACGAUCUGGGGAAAGUACCUGUAUUCAAACGCGAGGCUCGCCAAACUGAACGGCUGCCCCGACGUAUCAACGUUCUCAAUAAAACCGCUUCCAGCAUCCGCCAGGAAGCAUCUUCCGCCGAAGGAUUCCAACGUAAACAUCACCAUCAGCGUAAUCCUCGAUCCGAAACAGCAGCAGCCAUCCGUCCAAUCAGCGCCACGGGACGUGGCCAGCAACGACGGCGACGAGUCGACGUUCCAGAUCAACCAGCAAUUCCUAGACCAAUCGUACCACCCGGUGAAACCAACGUCGUCCCUCGCAAGCUACGUGUCCAAGUUCAAGCAGGACUCGUCGCAGGAAUCGAUCGAGGUGGUAGAGUUGGACGCGUCCAAGGGUGACUCGAGCCGGAAGUGCUGCUGCGGCUGUGAUUGCCACGGGAGUUUGCGGGAGGACUGCGACUCUCCACACGCGCUGUUGAGGGGGCAGAAGCGGUUGACGGAGUACUUCCAGCGGACGCCGCGGAAGAAGGACGAGGAGGAAGAGGAGGGGAAGGUUGGAAAGCGGGGAGUUUUGAAGGAGAAGCUGUGGCGGAUUUAUAGGACGUUUUGGGAUUUGCACGGGCCGGGGGUAGAGUUCGGGUUGGUGGAGUUGAAGAAGGUUCAGCGGCACUGUGAGUUGAUUGUUGGGUUUAGUUACUUUUUGGAGGAUUUGAGAAAGAUGAGUGCGAAUCAUGCGGGGAGGAAUGUGGGGGAUUUGGGGACGGUGGAUAACGGAGUUGGUCGGAAGUUUAUGAAGGUGGAGCAAGUCGAAGAGAAGGACGUCAACUACGCGUAUAAUUUUUUCGAGAAGGUCGAAGAAACGCUGCUGGCAGAGAACAAGCAUGCUCAGUACGAAAAGUUUUUGGAGAUUCUGCAGAGUUUCAACGAGAAGGAUGAUCGCGUUGCGGACUUGUAUCGUAAAAUGGAAGAACUGUUUCUUGGUGAGCAUCCGGAGUUGUGCGAUCUGUUUCUGACGUUCCUGCUGCCAGGUCAAGCCGCUGAGGUGGGAAAGUUCUUUGAACACUUUAUCCUGACCAACGCCAACGAUUUUCUGGCUAAACUGAACAUUUACUUCGCCAAACAGCCCUCUCAAAUCAAAAAGAUCUACUCAAGUUUAAAUGAUCUCUCAAAUGAACCAAACGUCAGCAUGGAACAGAUCAAAGCUCGAAUCCUCCCCCUCCUAAAAGGCAAUCCCUUUUUGAUCGAGUGGUUCGUCCAGCUAUUCCCGGAGGAGAAACCCCCGGAAAGCAACAAUCUCUCCGACUACGAAGCGAUUUCCAUGAAGAAGCUCCCCCUCCCAGACUAUACCGACCCGAACGAGAUCUACGAGGACGUCCCGUUUGUCGAGCUGUCCCAGGAACCGACGGCCGGCGAGAGCACCGUCUGCGGUACCAAGUACAUCCAGGGCCGGAUCGUGUACGGAACGCUGCCGGCGCGGUUAUCCUUCCUGGCGCACGAAGCUGGAGCUGCGACGCCGUCCGCCGAGGAAGCUCCGCUCAAGGGAUGUGUCCACGCGGUACGAAACGUCGACAAAUCGAGAGCCGGCCCGAGCGGUUUGGAAGAAGAGAAAGAUGCCACGGUUGAUGUCCCAACCGAGGAUGUUCGAGACGAGCAGCCGCGGUACAAACUCUGUGACGACGCCGCGUUCAAGGCGCAUGCCAUUCGACUGAAUCCGCUCGUGCACGGCGGCAAAGGCGUCAACUAUGCCGACGUGGCGCACCUGCUGGUGCCGGAUCCGGAGACUUCCGGUGAAAGCAGCAAUCCCGCCGACGAGGACAAACCCACCUCACCAAAGAAGCAGCAGCUCAAAGGAACCGUCCCCAAAAAGCGCAUCAACUCCCCCGUCAGCAAAAAACCCGGAACCGCCGGAAAAAGUUCUCCAACAACCUCCAAAAAGGCCACCCCAACCGUACCCGCCGACUCCAAAGUGAUCUCCGUUUCAAAGAAGCUCAAAAGCAUGGUCGAGGCAACCUCGUCGGAAGCUCCCCCGGAAUCACCCCUUCCAACGAAACGAAAACCACCCACAACCGCGACCUCCUCGCCUUCCGCUGUACCGGCCAAGAAGGAGAAACCCCUCCGGAAGCACCCUUCCGACGAGCAGCUGGAAGAACAGCAGCAGUCGGAGGAGCAGGUGGAAACGAGGGAGCCGGAACCGCCGAGGGAGGAGCCUAGCUGGACCAGGGACGAAGACAAGGUAAUUUUGGAAGAAAUCAAGAAUGGGUACAGCUCGGUUGAGGAACUGCUGGAACGGAUUGGGGCCAGGAUUGAGGGGAGAAGCGGGGGGCAGAUACGGACCCGGUAUGAGUUUUUGAUGGAAGUUUUGAAAAAGUUUCAAAAGACGACGUAAGAGAGGGGAGAAUGGCUAGUGCUUGUGUUAAUCGUUGAAUAUUUAUUAAAAUAUCAGUUU